UCACAGAAUAGGUAUCAUUAUAAAUAAAAAAAAUGUAAGAACCUACGUUAUUAUGACCGAGAAAGCGAGAAAGUUCAGAUGGAAGAGUCAAAUUCGGUCAAAAAAAAUACUAAGAAUAAAUACAAUAAUAAUACUGACGAGACAAGAUCCGUCGUAGAAUUUAUAAACGUAUCUAUACAUAGUUUUCACAGCAAAGAUAUUGUUUGGUCGUUCAUUUUAACAAUAAAAUAAAGUUCAUGUUAUAAACUGCUAUUGUACGUCGUUGUUUGGAACUCAGUCGGGUCGGUCCGUGAUGGUUGCUAUCAUGAACUAAAAUAGGUGGCAUACCUCCAUACACUAUCUACAACCGUGGCCACGCUUCGAAUGAUAAAAAUUAUCAGUUUAUGAUUAUUUUCCCGCCUCCGUGAUUCGAUAAGCCAACCGUAUUCUUAUCGUAUUCUUUAUUUCUUUCCAACCGUCUUCAACUUAUCGUUGUAAUAUUUAUAUAGACUAUAGAGUGAAAUAGUCGUUACUCCUUUUCUAUCAGUUGGUUAUCCCGUUUUCGAAAUCCAGUUUGUCAGUGUCCCGAUUCCUGAACUCGGUGUCUAUCGGAUUACGCGACGGUGACAUAGUAAUGAUGGCGUUCGAUAGUGACGAUUCAUCAGAGCCAAGUGAAGUUAUCGAAUACAAAGGUUACUCAUAUGAAAAGAAAUGGACCUGUAGACCAGUGGGUAACUGGACUCUGUGGAAGUGCACGAAACGUGGUUGCGCCGGAGAAUUGGUCAUCACAGCCAUUCGGACAAAACGGUGGCGGCGGAAGAGGUUCGUCGUGUUCCGGGACGUCUCUGGCAAAAAGCUAGUGGCGUACUUUCCCCGUAAAAUACACAAUCACUCGCCCCAGACGCCAAACGGUAAAGAGAUACCUGGACAGAAUAGGACGACGGUUGUCACGGCGAAGGUUAGGUUACCGACGCCACCAUCGUCGCCUAAUGAGAGGCUAACCGACUCGUCGGCUGUUCAAAGUUUUAAAGUUUUAAAUGGAACUGAUACAUUUAACUCAUCUGAAACAAAAUCAUUACAUUCAAUUAUGGAUGUUGAAAAUAGUAAUUCCAUUAAUCUAGAUACUCUGUCAAAAAAUAUGGAAACAGGUGAACAAAUCAUGACUAAUUUUGACGAGGAUAUCAAAAUUCCAAAUAUUAAUGAUACAAUGGAAUUUAAAGUAGAUAAGCCUGUUGAUCUCAAUGCCAAUUCAGAAGAAAGAUACUUAAAAGAUAUUAAUAUUACAGUUGAUGAUACUAAUAUUAUCGAAAAUAUAGAAAAAAAUGAAGUUGUACAAAUUAAACAUGGUUAUUCAGAUAUGUCUUCUCAAGAUAACAAUGAGAAAAUGUUAUGUCAUGUGUGUGACACAUUUUUUCAUGUAUGCAAUUAUAAUCAACAUAUUCAAACUACCAAACACUUAAGUGCAUAUGAAGAAUAUUUUAAAGACCGUAUUGAUUUUGAAAACUAUAGAAUAUUUUCAUGUUCUGUAAAUGCUACUACAGAAGAGUUUUUUAAAUCUAUCAAACAGGAUUUUACCAUUUUAGUGAACCACUUACUUUUAGAGCAUAAUGCACUUAUGAUAGAUAUACAUUAUUUUGCACUUUAUCAUGAAGAUAGUUUGAAUGUAGAAAACAAAAAUAUUGCUGAAGUGAAACAUUUUGAUGUAUAUAAUAAGAAAUUGACCAAAAACACCACUGUAAAUGAAUUGUACAAGGAUAUUGUGAAUUCAUUUUUAUUUCAAUGUAAUGCGUUAAAAACUUCAGAAUCUAGUUGGACUCUAGAAGAAACACUUUAUGUUGAAAUAACUUUAGUAAAAAAAUUAUUUGAAAAUGAAGUUGUAUCAAAAUCACUUGAUGAGAUUAGUCAUAAUAAUGAAAUAAUCAAUAAUCACAUUAACUCUGAUAAUCUUCAAAAGACUGAACCUUUGCAGCUGAUACGAUGUAAACAAUGUUGUGUAUACGUAAUUCAAAAAAAUUAUAACCAUCAUUUAGAGACAACUGCACAUAAAAUAUCACUUUGUUAUUUAAAGAAUGAUAAAAUACAAAUAAAUGGAGUUCAAUGUGAUGACCGUUUUUUAAGUUGUCGAAUACUCUCACCAGAACAUGUUUCAAUUGAUAACUAUUUCCAAUCGAUUGAGUCAAAUGUCUUGGAGUUAAUUUCUAAAAUUAUGAGAUUCCAAAAUAAUAAAGCAGUCAAUGUCAAUAUAAAAUUAUUUUGUCUUUAUAAUCAUAAUAGUUUAAUGAGUAAACAUGAUAACUUAGGUGAUGUCAAAUCCUUUAUGAUAAAAAAUGAGAUUCUAUCGGGAGUUUCAAUUUUGCUACAUUGGUUUCAACAAAUAUCAAACACAUUGAAGUCUCAUCACCAAGAAUAUUUAAAAUCCAUGCCCCAAUCUUAUUAUUUAGAUCGUGUUAUGUUUUUAGAACUAUAUUUUUAUGAUAAAACUAAUAUUUAAGAGACUUAAUAUUGAAUGUUAUGUUAUGUUUUAGUUGUUAGUUGUGUGAUAAAAUUGAUUUUAUAAAUUACCAAAUAAUUACCUUCAAGCUAAUAACUAUUACAUUAUUUAUAAAAAUUAAACCACAAUUUAUUUUAUUUAUUUUAAAGUAUAAUAUGGUUAUUUUAAUGAAUAAUGAAAAAUAAAAAAUGACGAUAUUUGUUAAUACAUUUUUAA